CUUCCAAGACAUUUUUAUCAUUCUAUCAGUAUCAAGUACUAUUCACUAGCAAGAGAAAUCCCAUAAACUCAAACUCUAGAUAUGUUCUCCCAAACAUUAUCAAGCUCGGACCUCGCGGUUCUUGAAUCCAUAAGACACCAUCUUCUUGAAGACCCCGAAAACAUUUCUGACUACUUCCCAAGUACAAGUUCAUGCAAUGCACAAGUUGAUGAACAGAGUAUCACAACUUUUUGCAAUUUAAUUUUUGAGGAAAACAGCCAUGAAGAGAUUAAAAAUGGGAAGCACGUUGAUCAUCGGAGCACUAAGGAGUUUGACAAGUCACUCAAGGCUCACUCGCAGCUAAAUUGGAAGCGGUACAGAGGCGUGAGGCGACGUCCCUGGGGAAAAUUUGCUGCAGAGAUCAGAAAUCCGGCUAAGAAAGGUGGCAGAAUAUGGCUGGGGACAUAUGAUAAACCAGAAGAUGCAGCAUUGGCUUAUGAUAGAGCGGCCUUUCAGUUGCGUGGUUCACGGGCUAAGGUGAACUUUCCUAAUAUGGUUGGCUCUGAUUCAUCGUCGGAGACGGUUAAUGUGAUCAAGAAUAAAAGGACAGCACCAGAGCCAUCCUUAUCGCCCGUGUCAUCGACAGAUAUCUCUUCAGAAAAGGGAAGAAAUAACUCGGAAAAUAUUCCUGAUGAGGAUUUAUCAUGAAGUUACCAGCAGAUCAAGCUAGGAAACAUUAAUUACGAGUUUUUGUUAAAUCUUAACAAAAUUUAAAAUGUAAUAGUGUGCUAAGCAAUUAUAUGAAAUGCAGGGUUUGAUA